AUGCUUACAGAUGAGGAAAAUGAGCAGCAGAAAGUCGUCCCGUUGAUACCGCUGAAAACGCCUAAAGUGUGGCCUGAGAGUUUGCCAAAGUUGGCAUUUAAAGUGAAGAACCUGUAUCCACAGACAAACAUUGUCUUCAUUGGCAUCGACUCGCUUUCUCGGCUGAACUUCCUUCGACAGAUGAGGAAGACGGCGGCCUUCCUCGAGGAGCAUCACUUUCAGACCUUCUACGGACAUCACAAGGUGGGCACCAAUACGCGACCCAAUCUCUUCGCGAUGAUGCUCGGCAUCAGUCCGGCGGAAUACCAGGCUCGACUGCCGCCCUCAAAGUUGCUCGACGACUACGCUUUUAUCAGCAAGGACUUUUCUACCGGCGGCUACCUCACCUCCAUGAUUGAGGACUACUUCCCGUACGUGCUUUUUGAGUUUGACGGUGCAGAAGGCUUUACCCCUGAUAACUAUCCCAUGGACUACAACAUUGACCCACUGGGAAGAAAUAUACGCCAUAGCAGUCGGUUUAAGUUCGAGUCGGCGUGCUACGGAAACAGACUUCAAGUGGAGUAUUAUCUUGACCUGUUGCUCGACCAAAUGGCAGCCUUCCGAGCCCGCAAACAGCCGCACCUCAUCUGGUCUCACUUUUCCGGCCUCACACACGACCACUUCAAUGGAGCGCAGAACUUUGAUCGCCCCUUUCUGAAGUUAAUGCAGAACAUCUUUGCUCGUGGCUACUCGAAUGACACAGUUCUAGUCUUCUACUCGGACCACCACAAUCGCUUGAGUCCAGAAGUGAGCAAACUGGGCAGCCACCAUCACGAGAGCAACCUGCCGCAAAUGGCCAUUUGGGUGCCGGAAAGUUUGCGACUGCUGACAGAGGACGGAGGUGAAGGGUUGAUCGACGGCAAACAGGUUCGAGCGGUGAUGAAGGCCAACUCUCGCCAGCUGACGAGCAUGUUUGACGUGUACUCAACGCUGCAGCACCUCCUCUACGGAAGGCCGGUAGCGCACCCAAAAGGCGUCUCUCUUUUUACGCCAAUCUCGCCCACUCGAAGCUGCUCCCAGGCGGGCAUUCCCCCACAGUACUGCCAGUGCACUGAGUACCGCAACUUUGAGGACGCCGCCAUGGCCGCUGCCAUCGCCGAGUGUCUCAUUAAGUACAUCAACGAGAAGAAGGUGCCCUCUCUGCAGUAUCCCCUUUGUGGCCGACUGCAGCUGGGCGAGGUGGUCUCCGUGAGGCGAUAUCUGCACGAUAACGCCCUAGAGGAGCACGGGCUGUUGCUGGGAAUGCGCUUCAAGGCGGCGCCGCCCAGUGGGGCGCUCUUUGAGGCGUCGGUGCAGGUGAACAGUACAGACAUGACAUCACUGACAGCAAUCACAGCUAACAAAAGCAUCAGUAUGUCCGAUCUACAACUUUACGGCGAAAUUGACCGCCUGGACCGGUACCGAGAGCAGAGCGCCUGUGUGGCAGGCACUGAAGCCGAGCGCUUCUGCUACUGUCUGCCAAGCGCAUAA